GGGACAGUACGGUGGAUAGGGAAGGGAAAUUGCUGUAGGCGUAUUGUAUUUUAAUAUUUUAAAAUGCUGUAAAAAUAUCGUUUUCUCUCGCCUGUAGACAGCCGUGAACCUUUGCUUAAUUGUAAUCAGUAAUCCUGACCAUCCGCGUAAAUGCGCUUCAGUUCUUCUGCCCCCUAGCUAAAUUCAAGUGCAACCAAUACGGUACACCGAGUAGCUAUGGUUACGCAAAAUAUCAUACGGUACUUAAUCGAAUGGUCUAGGGAUGGGCUGUUUGAGUCCCCGAUGGUGGGCGUAUGUCUGGUUAUCUUUAAUCAUCUCGGGAUCAAAAAGAAUGUGAAAGUAAGCUUGCUGGCGUAACUGGAUAAAUACUCUGCAAAAUAUUUGAACAGUUAAGGACAGCAGACGAAAACAGAAAUGCGGUAAAUGUGGUGCGGCACGCGAUCAAAGUCCUGACGAGUUGCCAAGAAACCCGGGGGCACAGUAUUUGUGGAACACACGAGGAGGCUUAUAAAUAGUAACGAAUGAUAUGCUUUAAAAAAAAUACUCAAAGAAAUAACUGUGAUGCAAACAAAUUGGAUUUGAACAUUGUGUACUUGUAGCAAGCCCACUACCUGUAUUAUCUGUUUAUGCACGGAGUAGCGUCAAUAUAAAUGCAGAUACAGCGAAUGAAUAAUGUAAAUCUCGAAACCGCAGUAACUAUUAUUUUAUGCAAAUUUAGGAGUGUUCUCAGAAACAACCGAGGGAUAUUUUUCCUUAAAAAACAAUACAAAGUUUUAAUGUAAUUUUUAACGUGAAAGGCAGUUGAUUGAAUCUUAUUUUGCAAUAGUGCUUUUUGAUAAUUGGUUUGGUGAUGUAAAUAACAGCCGUUUAACAUACAGAACUAGGCGUUGCACCUGUACUACGUCAUGACGUUCCAGACGUAAAAAAAAUAAAAGUGUGUGGGUGUAUUUUUCAGUAGUCACCAAAAGAGGGCGCCGUGGUAGCUUGUUUUUCAAUAAAGUGCAGCAGUGACUUCCGGUCAGCUGUGUAUGGGGAGCCGUCAGUGUCAUCGUUGGGUUGUGUUUGAAUGGUGUCUCGGUAACUGUUCAUCGGGGAAUUUUCACAUUUUACUGUCAUGUUGAGGAUCAAAUGUGUCUCCUAACUGAUGUAUACAGUUAGCAACGCAUACCUGCUUACUUUAAAAACGGAAAGUGAAAGUUAAAAUGACUUCAGAGUUGGCAGAAACUUCCUCAGUACCCGUUGGUGUUGGAAUCGCUGUAGUAUCCAGUUUCAUAAAUGGAUCGACGUUUGUUUUGCAAAAAAAAGGAAUUUUACGCGCAAGAAAACGAGGAGGAUCAUACUUGACAGACUGUGUUUGGUGGAGCGGUACCGUAUCUAUGAUUGUGGGUCAGAUAGGCAAUUUCCUGGCCUACAACGCUGCCCCGGCUGCCCUGGUGACCCCUCUAGGCGCCCUCGGGGUGCUGUUUGGGGCCCUGCUGGCUUCCUGGGUGCUCCAGGAACGUCUGACCUUCCUGGGGAAGCUGGGCUGCGUCCUGUGCUGCGUGGGAUCUGUGGUGCUGAUCAUCCACGCUCCAAAGUUGGAUAACGUGAGCUCCAGAGCGGAGCUGGAAGGCAGGCUGCAAGAUCCCUUGCUUUUUGCCUACAUCUUUAUGGUGCUGCUGAUUCUGGUCGUGCUGAUCACGUGGGUGGCUCCACUUCACGGCUCCUCGAACAUCAUGGUGUACGUCUCCAUCUGCUCGCUGCUGGGAAGCUUCACUGUGCCCAGCAGCAAGGGGCUGGGCUUGGUCACCCCUGAUGCCUUUGCAGGUGGCUCUCCCAACAGCGGGGCGCACACACUCUUCCUGGGUCUCCUGGGAACACUCGUCGUCAGCGUCCUCCUCCAGUUCACCUUCAUCAAUAAGGCCCUGGAGAGCUUCAGCCCCAGCACGUUUGAAGCCAUAUACUAUGUGGCGUUCACCACCUCCGUCAUCCUGGCGUCGGCCGUGUUUUUCAAGGAAUGGACGGCCUUGGGUGCGGUGGAUUGCCUGGGUAUGCUGUGUGGCCUCACCGUCGUCUCUAUUGGUGUCUUCCUGCUUCGUGUGCCCCAAGCAACGUCCUUCGACUGGAAGCCAAACAAGCUUCCUGCCAAAGACGACUGACGACCUCGGGCGCUUUUAAAGAGAGAGUUUUAACUUGCUGAUCGGUUUAACUUACUGGACAUUCUAGGUAAUUUUAAUAUUUGCGUAAUUUAUACAAUUCUAACGAAAAGCCUAUAUGAUCACUGUCAUAUGAAGCCAAGGUAACAGAUUGCAUUUUCAGUACUGAGAACUUUGUAUGAAACCAUUUCAUUACAUAUUCCUGGGAGUCAAACUGAGGUAUAAACUGUUUUUUGUUUUCUACCUAGUCUUUGAUUGUUAGGUUUUAAGGAAAAUGUGUAGAUCAGGUUUUGGGAUUAUUGUGGUCUGGAAGAAAAAUAAAUACUGACAUUUGUCAGUUUUGAUGAAAA